UGGGUUGUUGAACUCGCGGGAUUAGGAUCCCUGGGGGUGGGGUUAAAAUCCUUUAAUCACAAAGUUAGACUGCUGGCGGGAUUAGAAUGCAUUAGAAGAGGUGUUAGGAUUUGGGAAGGAGGCAUUUAGGAUAUUUGGAAGACGGGUUAAAAAUCCUUGGUGGCACAGUUGUGGGAUUAGGUUCCUCCGAGGCAGGGUUAGAAGCCUCCAGUGGGUGACGUUAAAAGAAAAAAAAUUCUCUGGAGGUGGGAUUUGAAUAGCGGUAGCAGAAGCCUGAGGUUAGGAUCCUCCUGGAGCUAGGAUCCCUUCGGGGUGGGGUCUGAUUCUAAGGGGGGCGGUGUUAGGACACUUUGGGGCGGGGUUCGUGUGGCUCGGGGCGCGGCUAAGGCGCCCAGAUGCCUGCGGGCGCCCCGGGUCCACGGUUGCACCUCGGAGGCGCGCGGAGACUCAGAAGCGAGCGAGAAGGGACACGCCGGUCACCGCUACCGUGCCCAGCAGCCCCGCGGCUUCGCAGCCCCUCGGAGAGCGGCCCCGCGCCCGUGCUCAAGUCAGUCGGUGCUGUCCAGGCGCGGGCGCCCGGGCCCGGAGACCGCGGAGCUGGGGGGGCGCUCGAGCUGCGAGGAUCCGGGCUGCCGGAGAGACGACGAGGAGCCGGCUCCCAGGAUGGGGUGCUUGAAGUCCAAGUUCCUCCGGGAUAGAGGGAAAAUCUCCAAAACUGAGCCUAGCUCCAACCUGCACACCCCUGUGUAUGUACCGGACCCCACGUCCUCAGUCAAGCUGGGGCCUAACAGCAACAGCAACCCCCCGGGGCUCAUGGAGGCAGGUUCCGAGGACUUCAUUGUGGUUGCCUUGUAUGAUUACGAUGCCAUUCACAGAGAAGACCUCAGCUUCCAGAAGGGGGACCAAAUGGUGGUCCUGGAGGAGUCUGGGGAGUGGUGGAGGGCGCAAUCCUUGGCUACCCAGAAAGAGGGUUACAUCCCAAGCAACUAUGUGGCCCGCGUUAACUCUCUGGAGACAGAGGAGUGGUUCUUCAAGGGCAUCAGCCGGAAGGACGCAGAGCGCCAACUCCUAGCUCCUGGCAACAUGCUGGGCUCCUUCAUGAUCCGGGAUAGCGAGACCACCAAAGGGAGCUACUCUUUGUCUGUUCGAGACUGUGACCCACAGCAAGGAGACACAGUGAAGCACUACAAGAUCCGGACCCUGGACAAUGGGGGCUUCUAUGUCUCCCCGAGGAGCACCUUCAGCAGCCUGCAGGACCUGGUGGCCCACUACAAGAAGGGGAAGGACGGACUGUGCCAGAAGCUGUCAUUUCCAUGUGUGUCCUCCAAGCCCCAGAAGCCAUGGGAGAAAGAUGCCUGGGAGAUUCCCCGGGAAUCCCUCAAGCUGGAGAAGAGACUUGGAGCUGGGCAGUUUGGGGAAGUCUGGAUGGCCACCUACAACCAGCACACCAAGGUGGCAGUGAAGACAAUGAAGCCGGGCAGCAUGUCAGUGGAGGCCUUCCUGGAGGAGGCCAACAUCAUGAAGACGCUGCAGCAUGACAAGCUGGUGAAGCUGCAUGCAGUGGUCACGCAGGAGCCCAUCUACAUCAUCACGGAGUUCAUGGCCAAAGGAAGCCUGCUGGACUUUUUGAAAAGUGAAGAAGGCAGUAAGCAGCCUUUGCCAAAACUGAUCGACUUCUCUGCCCAGAUUGCAGAAGGCAUGGCCUUCAUCGAGCAGAGGAACUACAUUCACCGAGACCUCCGAGCUGCCAACAUCUUGGUCUCCGCGUUGCUGGUGUGUAAGAUCGCUGACUUCGGCCUGGCCCGGGUCAUUGAGGACAAUGAGUACACAGCUCGGGAAGGGGCCAAGUUCCCCAUCAAGUGGACGGCUCCUGAAGCCAUCAACUUUGGCUCCUUCACCAUCAAGUCUGACGUCUGGUCCUUUGGCAUCCUGCUGAUGGAGAUUGUCACCUAUGGCCGGAUCCCUUACCCAGGAAUGUCCAACCCAGAGGUGAUCCGGGCACUGGAGCAUGGGUACCGGAUGCCUCGGCCGGAUCACUGCCCAGAGGAGCUCUACAACAUCAUGACACGCUGCUGGAAGAACCGUCCAGAGGAGCGGCCCACCUUCGAGUAUAUCCAGAGUGUGCUGGACGACUUCUACACGGCCACUGAGAGCCAGUACCAACAACAGCCUUGAUGGGCAGGACCAGGGCAGAGCCAGGAGCCUAGGCAGUGCCUGUGAGUGGCUCCAGCACAGUUCUCUGAGGCCCAUUCACCUUUCCCAUCCCUAGACACUCACUCUUACUCCAGCCAGUUUCAUCUGUCAAGUGGGUGGGUUCAACUGGACAGUCUCUUCUGGACUCUAGCAAUCUACAAUCUGCCAUUCUCAGGAGACCCCAAGUUGUUUAUUUCUAUUGCCUAGAAUGGCUGAAUUCCAGUUUCAGCUGUGGCUUCACUGGGGAAUUUUUUAAAUAAUGUAAUAGAUAUUUAAAUAAAAUAUAAGAAUGCCAAA